GUUCCUACUGCCUUGGCAGGUGCAUCUAUCAAUGUAUAUGCUGCAUCUGAAGAGGAACCCAAAUCCCGUCGUGUGAAGGCACAUCAGGCAUGGUUGUUGAAGACAUCAAUCUUGGUAUGAACAUAUGAAGAGGGGAGCAGAUUGAAGCAAUAAGCCCCAUCCCCGCCUCCACACAUCCAUCAUACCUUGUUUGUGUACAGAACCUGUGUUUGUGUGCUCGAACAUCUCCUGUACUUGCAUUCUGGGACCCUAGAAAAUGGAGGAUCUUGGUUUGGGCAGAAAGAAUGCUGAGCACAUUCUGAUGUAGGUGUAGGCGCUGUGUACAAGGAACACAUGGAGGCCAAGGCUAGGUACUGCUGCUGUGGUCCUGCUCCCUUCUCCACGCAUUCACUGUAGGAUGAAGAAGAUUUCCUCUUGGUGUUUCACCUCGCUUGGAGACUUAAAGCUUUUGACAAUUUCCAUUGAUUCAGGCUGCUUUCACACUGCACUUUAUUCCGUUACGCCGAUGAUUUCUUACCUGCUUCCUAUUUAUAAUGCACCACCUCUGAAUUCAAGAUACAUUGAUGAAAAGCCUGGCCGCUUACAAACUGGGAUUUCAUCAGUAAGAAAGACAACAAGUUACUAUGUCAAGGGGUGCAAGGAUGCUUAUCUCUUUGUCAAAAAUGGAAUAAUAUCAUCUAUACAGUUUGGAAAAGAUGCAUAUGUUUAUCUGAAGAAUCCACCUCCAGAAUUCCUUCCCAAAGUUGGUGUGAUUACAGUUUCAGGACUGACCGGGCUUGUCCUCGCGAGGAAAGGAUCUAGAUUUAAGAAAAUUUCCUAUCCUUUGGGACUUUGCGCAUUAGGCAUCUCUCUUUGCUAUCCAGCACAGUCAGUAAUUGUUGCAAAGGUAACGGGUGGAAAGGUUUAUGCUGUAAGCCAUAAAACCUAUGAAGCAAUAGGAUCGCUAUGGACGAAAAAGUCCACUACAGAAGUUCCACUUGCCCAGGAUAAACCUCAGGAAGUUCCAGGAUCAGGCCAUAGUGUCUCAGAAGCUCGUAAACUAGCCCUUGACUCAGAGAAAAGAGUGAAAGCAUCAGAGGUGCAAUUUCAUGCAGAGAAGAUGCUUCCCCAGACAGAUUCCACACCUCUGAUAGCUGAAGCAAAGGCACCAAGUGUCAGAUCAGAUGCUUUGAACAUACCACAAUUUAAACCGGACCCCUGCCUCAUGGACCAUGGCCAGUCCAGCCCAGAAGAUGUGGAUAUGUACAGUACCAGAAGCUAACAAACUCCCCAAUCUUUAGGAUGCAGUAAUGAUGGGACAUUAAAAUGAGGAAAGUUAUGCAGUUUGUACUUUCUAUGGUGGUAUUGAUCAGGUCGUUCCUUAGCCCUUCCUGUACAGCCAAUGGAACUGCCCUUCAUUUCCAGCGUAUCAUUAUUUUUCUACUAUUUGCUGCCAGAAAAGUGCUUACUAAUUUUUGGAAACAUAAUUGCCCACUCAAUCUGAAGAGCUUAAGGCCUUCAAAUGAGAUUGUCAUUGUCAAGUUAUCAAUUAACAUAAAUCGUAUCAAGAAACACUUCUGCUCAGAUGAUAAAGUGACAACUAAAGCAUUUAAA